AUGGCUGGUCUUUCCGUAGAUCUCACCAUCGAACAGGUCCUAAUGAGGAGUAUGAAGACCAGCGGUGGCCUGACGAGAGGGCGAGGCAUGGCAGAGCAACAGCGUCUCAUAUGGCUGCUCUCCAUGCCUGCCUGUGCUGAAGUCAACAAUGCUAUUCAACAGCUUACAGGUGUAAACUAUAACACUGGUGAACAAAACAAGGGCAUGCAAAAUGCUAGACAAGCACGUGACAUGAAAGACACACAUGCAGUUAUCAGCUGUCUGAAAGAGAGAAAACCCUUCAGCUCAGAUCCGAGCUUGCGCAGCAUUUCGACAUGGGUACAUGCAACCACAAAAGUCAAUGUGGAUUCAGCAAAAACUGUUGGAACAGCAAUCCUGACCAACAUGGAUGGACAAAUUGCUGCUGACUACACAUUCAAGAGGAAGGAUCAGGCCAUCACCUUGGCUUUGAAAUCGGCAGUAAAGAUUGAUGGUGAGUCAGUACAAGUGGAUCCCCAGCUGCUUUUCCAGCGACUGACAAUUGCUGCGAAAGCUACAGAGGCUCUAGAGUCUGUGUUCAAAUAUGAGCUGUGCAGUUACCCACCAACUCUGUUUGAUUCCUCACUGCUGUUCCGACAGCCACAUAAGCCAGUGCUAGCAGAUGCUAUCAGGACACUCCUGACAAAGGAUGCACCAGGAAUCACAGGCCAAGUCCACUACGUGUUGGAUGUUGGGACACUAGUUCAGCGCAUUCCAUAG